GUCGCCCGUCCAGCAGCACAUUCUGCUCCUGGUCGGGCUUUAGCUGCUCGCUCGCCGUUGGAAUAGACCCGGAUUAGUGUCUCUCUGUCGGCCUAGAGUCGGAUCUGAGUGGCGAUGUGUUGGCAUGGGGACGAGGAGGAUGAGGACAGCUCCGAGAGUGAUCCGGACGGGCUUUCUGUUCUGGAGCAGCUCGGUUUGGACCAGAACUCCGACUUCUCAGACUCCAGCGUUCAGCAGCUCCUGGACGAGCACCGGGAGAAGAUCCGCAGGGAGAUCCGGAAGGAGCUGAAGAUCAAGGAAGGCGCUGAGAAUUUACGCAGAGCCACGACCGACAAGAGGAACGCUCAGCAGGUGGAGAGUCAGCUGCGCACCUCCAACCGGAGGCUGGAGGCGCUGCACGCUCAGCUGCAGGAGCUGGACGCUCACAUCGUGGUGAAGGGAGGCGAGGAGAGUAAAGGUUCAGAUGAGUGUCCUCGGUCUCCAGGGGCCGAGAGCCGAACUUCAGCCCACAAGGAGCGCAUCGCCGCCCUGGAGAGGCAGCUCAACAUCGAGCUGAAGGUCAAACAGGGGGUGGAGAACAUGAUCCCCAUCUAUGCCAAUGGAUCCACCAAGGAUAAGAAGAUGCUGCAGACGGCCCAGCAGAUGCUGCAGGACAGCAAGACCAAAAUCGACAUCAUCCGAAUGCAGAUCCGGAAAGCUGUGCAGGCGACGGCGCAAACGGAGGACACGCAGGGAAACCAUGACCUCUGUGGGGUGGAGCUGCGCAUCGAAGAGCUGCGGCAUCACUACAGGGUGGAACACGCCGUCGCCGAGGGCGCCAAGAACGUCCUCCGGCUCCUCGGGGCUAACAAGGUUCAGGACAAGAAGGCUCUGUCUGAG